AUGCCGGCUGGUGGAUACAGUCAAAAGCUACCUCGUCCCUCCACGCCCCCAGGAGUUCCACCACCAGAAGCACGCCGAGUAUUCUCCAAGCUUUCGUAUGGAGUCGUCUGUUCAAGUAACAUUAAUCGUUCCAUGGAAGCACAUUUGGUAUUGGGAAAUGCAGGACUGCGGGUAGAGAGCUAUGGAACGGGAACCCAAGUGAGAUUACCAGGAAGAACGGCCAUGGAACCACGAAUUUUCAAAUUCGGAACACCCUAUGAAGAAAUGUACAACAAUCUUUCUGCCACUCCUGAAGACGAGGCUUUCUUUGUCCGCAAUGGUGUCUUGCAGCUUUGUCGGAGAGGAGCCGCUGUCAAGAAAGCUCCCCAACGAUGGCAAGACAUGUCAUCGGAAUUUGUUUCCACCCACAAUGUUGUAAUCGCCUUUGAAGAACGAAUUUAUGAUGCCGUGGUCGAAGAUUUGCAAAUACGAGAGCCUACCGAGAAUUUUGCACCCAUUCAUGUGAUAUGCUUGGAUACCAAGGAUAACCCACACGAGGCACUGUUGCAAGGGCGAGUGGCUUUGGAACUUUGUUGGAAACUAGAGGCGUCGAGUGACACUUUGGAUACGGAUGCCGCAAUGAUUGUGGACCAGUUUCAGAAUGAGCGAAUGACGCAUACACCGAUCAAGGUCUUGUAUCAGCUAUGCUAUCUAUAA